UUCUGGUACUACUGUCAAGGCAACGGUUACCAGACUUUUGAAUUUGUUUUGAUUACAAAACUAAAAUGAAGAAAUCAAAACGAAAAUGAAGAAAGCUGGCACUGAUCCCAAGAUAAAAAAGACUCUCCUGCGCAACUACGAGCAGAAAGUAGAUAAAGAUAAAAAAACGCGAACUGUUAGUGCCGGCUCAUCGAAAGUUAAAGCAUGUUCUAAUAAAAAUGAACUUGACCAUCCCGCACUAUGUUCCAGUGCAGCGUUAGCAAAUUUUAUAUCAGAUGUGAAGAAUAGCGCGCCACCGCCACACUCUCUGGAAGAUUUAAAAGUUAGCAAAACUGAAUUAAGUGCUAAAAUAACAAGAAAGCUUAACUUCCAUUUUAACGACCGGAUAUACAGAAAUCUUGUAGAACUCAAUGCUGACAUUGCAAAUGUAAAGAACAAGAAAGAUAAGAAGACAAAGGCUCCAUUAAAAAAGGACCAGGAGCCUAGUAUAGAAGACUUCUGUCAUGAUGAAAAAGAAGAUGAUCUACCACCGAACAUUCCAUUGACAAAAUGUAAAUUUAAGCCAAUAAGAAGUGUGGAAAGUGGACAGUUACACAAAUUACUUGCAAGUUUCGAAAAGUUAUAGAAAUAUAUAUAUUUUGUAGGAAC